AUGACCGUCAAACCUGGAGACCCUGUGUCUCCUCUGACUCCGGCCUCUGAUGCCUCCAAGUCCCACACCACGCGCACCCGCGUCCCACCCCCCGAAACCCCCGAGGCCGUCCAAACGCGAUUCCGAGUCAUUGCGGCAUUCUGGGCCGUGAUUAUCUUCUUGGGGUUCCCCAUAUGGUGGCAGACUACGUCCAUCUACCGGGCACAUCUGCCUAUCCAGGAGAUGGUGGACUGGGCCGAUGGCAAGACGUGUCGCCCAGUUUAUCCCCUCGAGAUUCAUGUUGCAGCACCCUUAUUGCAGUCGCCUGAGUCUCAGCACCUGCUUCGAACUACUCAGCACACCCUCGACGAUCUCAACGAAUUCGCCGCCCAUCAUCUCCGGCUCAAACUGACAAACGAUACCAGCGAUUCAGCAGCACGCGUCGUCGAAGAUAGCACAAGCACCCUUAGAAACACCGCAGGCGAGACGCCCGAUGUUGUGCUGACAGUGCGAGUGCUUCCAGAAGAAGGCUUAGCCACCCCCCGAUCAGAGCUACUUGCACACACGACACAGCUUGAUGUGUUCUACCCCCCGAGCCAAAUCCCGAGUCCCUCCACCUCGAACCCUCCCCUCUCGGUCUUCAUUGCGCAGGAGCUACAACGACUAUAUGGCGAGGAAAAGGCAACAAUUGCACACAUUUUGUCUGGAGAAAGUGCUGGUCUGGAUUCCACUUCCCCGCAACUCACGGAGAGCAUCAGCAGACGCCUACGGCGGUCGAUGAAGUACGCGGAAACAUACCACUUGUCAUUCUCGCUCUUCACGCCGGGCUCCGUACCUUCCUCGUGGGAUAUCGAGGCGGCAGUCCAGGAAUACCUGUCGCCCCUUCUUGACGCAUUUGAGCCCAUCAGCAACUUCACGAUCGAUACCCAGGUCCAGCUUUAUGCGACAUUUUCUCCUAUGACUCCAGCCCCAAUUUAUGAUGAGACUGAGGCAGCCUGGACAUUGAAGAAAGAAGACCUGAGUGCAUUCAUCAACGCCGCCGAGUGGCCGCUCAACCCCAGCAUUGGCAACGGUCCUACCCUCAACUUCAUCCUCUACGUUCCAGACCCCUCCCAGUCUCCGAUGGUGGUCAAAGAAAAUCGUGCCUCCAGCUGGAUCGUCCCGCAAUGGGGCGGCGUUUUCCUGCUCAACCCACCACUCGAAAAAGAUCAGUCCAACCCGGCCCAUCUCUCUCAAGACUCGCUGCAGUCAGCCUUUAUGACCUUCUCUCAUCAGCUCUUGACCCUCCUUGGCACCCCCAGCACGCCUGCUUCCCUUCCUCUCCGUCUGCAGACACUCAUCCGCGUUCGUGCUGCGACUCUACUCCUUUCUGCCUCGUCUACCAUGGGCUCCCUUGCGCGCCUCACGGAAUCUCUCCCCUCCAUCCCUAUCCCUGCGAAUGUCGCAUCAUCAGUCUCGACGACUCUCUCCCAUCUCUCUGCCACUUGCUCUCACCUUCGCGACGGCCGCUUUAAUGCUGCUCUUGCUAGUGCGCGAGUUGCGGAGAACGAGGCGGAACGCAGUUUCUUCGAAAAGACCAUGGUAGGUCAGGUGUAUUUCCCUGAUGAGCACAAGGUCGCAGUAUACCUGCCUCUUCUGGGACCUAUUGGUGUUCCGUUAAUAGUUGGGUUGAUGAAAGAGGUGAAGCGACUUCUUGCUGAAUGGAAAGCGAAACGCGCGGCCGCAUAG